CUGAGCGAGCCGAGCCCGGUGGAUGCCACCGGUCUCUGUCCCACCAUCCACAGUACAGCGCUCACCAACCCAACUCCGUGAUCCUACCGACCGCUCCGCUCCGACCGCACGACUGUUCCACCCCCUCCUCCCCCCUUCCUUCCUCCUACCCGGCCCGGCUCCUCCCGCCGUCCACACCGCUGCCGUCCGCGCGCGCUCCAGCGCUAUAUAACCCAGGUCUCUUCCCGGCAAGCUCGUCAAUCCGAUCAGCCAACCACCUCCACAAGCACCACCCGCAGCCCAGCACAGCCCAGAUCCCGUCUCCUUCCUUCCUUACCUCGAACUAAACUCCAGCAAUGGCGACCACGGCAGCCGACGCCACGGCCGCGGUGCCCAAGGACCAGGCCGCCAACGGUUCCGCUGCCGCCAGCACCGGCGGCGAGCAGGUCACGCGCCACUCCGAGGUCGGACACAAGAGCCUGCUCCAGAGCGACGCCCUCUACCAGUACAUCCUGGAGACGAGCGUGUACCCGCGCGAGCACGAGUGCAUGAAGGAGCUCCGCGAGAUCACCGCCAACCACCCAUGGAACCUGAUGACGACGUCGGCGGACGAGGGCCAGUUCCUCAACAUGCUGCUCAAGCUCAUCGGCGCCAAGAAGACCAUGGAGAUCGGCGUCUACACGGGCUACUCCCUGCUCGCCACCGCGCUCGCCAUCCCCGACGACGGCACCAUCUUGGCCAUGGACAUCAACCGCGAGAACUACGAGCUGGGGCUGCCGUGCAUCGAGAAGGCCGGCGUGGCGCACAAGAUCGACUUCCGCGAGGGCCCGGCGCUCCCCGUCCUGGACGCCCUCCUCGAGGACGAGGCCAACCACGGCACCUUCGACUUCGUCUUCGUGGACGCCGACAAGGACAACUACCUCAACUACCACGAGCGCCUCAUGAAGCUCGUCAAGGUCGGCGGCCUCCUCGGCUACGACAACACCCUCUGGAACGGCUCCGUCGUGCUCCCCGCCGACGCCCCCAUGCGCAAGUACAUCCGCUACUACCGCGACUUCGUCCUCGACCUCAACAAGGCCCUCGCCGCCGACCAGCGCGUCGAGAUCUGCCAGCUCCCCGUCGGCGACGGCAUCACCCUCUGCCGCCGCGCCAAGUGAACGGACCCAUCCCCGCCGCCGCUCCGCCAUAGAUGCCAACAACAAGAAUCAAUUAAUCUCCCCCAUUUUUGCUUUCUUGAUUGCCUACUGUACUCUACAUAUGUCCAUCUUCUCCGGAAUUGUCGUUUCGCAAUUCGUACUAGUAUAAAGACUUGUCCAGACAGAUGAUUGAUAUUACUCCUACAAGACGAUUUCCUGC